AGCUAUAAGAUACGCUGCUAGGGACUCGGCGACUGGUGUCUUCGUCAUCGUGUGCGGAUUUUUAUUCACGUUAAAUUUUAAUGCCAGCAGUGUGGGGUGCUAAAUUAUGUUGAUUUAAUGAAGUGAACAAUAGUAUUGGUGAUGUUGGCCUUAGGCUUAUCGUUAUUUCGCAAAAAAACUGUAAAAGAACACACGUUUACUGUAGUAAUCCGUCAAAAAUCGAGAAAGCUUCAAGCGUUUGAAGCUUUCUGUUUCGCAUUGAUGGAACUAUGAACCUGGACCCUUUAACGUUUAGCUUAUCGCAAAUCAAUUAUCUCGUUGUAAAUCUAAAUAAGAAGAACUUCAAGCAGACAAGUCAAGAGUUGACCCAGAUUGUCCACCUAUAUGGAUUGGAAGCAGAAAAUCAACUUUUGAGGUGUCUACUGAGUGAAGCUGCAAAGUCGUCGUGGGAUAGUGAUCGUCCUGGCUCGUCGUCCGUCAGUAGCAUACACGCGUCGCUCCUAGCCCAGCACCUCGCGUCGUUGCUCAAUCAUCCGGCAAAAUCUACUGUGGUUUGCCGAGCAGUCGAUCAACCCACCCGAUCUUUGCAGAAGAUAUUAAAACCUACAAAUACAUUACUCAAUCGACUUUCAAGACUUCUAAAGCUUACCACUGCAGAGGAUGUUGCCUUCUCUCUGGUUUUGAGGAGGAAUUCAUCAAAAACUGAAAUUGUAUCAUUAGCAAAGCAACAUCUAAAAAAGAGAUUCUUAGAUCUCGUGCAGUGCUAUCUCGACGCAGAACGCGGACAUCAAGUAGAGCGUGCCGGCCUUCAGGAAUGCAGCCCUGAAGUGUUGCAAACUCUUCUAACCAGUCUCGCACAUGAAAAUUUUCGUUUAGCAGCAGUGACUAAAGACUUGUUUUUGAAACGGUUACGUGUGGACUUUCCCCGUGAAGUAGUGCCUAUUGUGCUCGCGCCUCUGUUGUAUCCCGACGACACACAGACGCCGCUGGAGGAAAUGACCACAGCUGACGAUAUGGCGACCGCCAUGAUGGAUAACUCACUUGCGGAGAUAAUCCGAGACAUCGGCUAUUCAUUCACAUCAUCUGUCGAAGACUGCAAAAACAACAUGCUGAACUUCGGCGCUCGGGAGCCUACUGCAAUAGAUGUUGCUCGUAUCAUAUCAAUGAUGAUCAGAUACCAUGCCACUUUGCAAGAAGGCCCGCAGAUUCAAACACCUGGCAAUUUCUGGAUGAGCCAUGAAGCUAAGAAAGAUCCCAUACAACACGGACAUGGCGAAACGUGGAAUGCCGAAGUAUUUGUGCAAACAUUAAAAGAAUUGGCAUCUAAUUUAAACUGGAAGGAGGUCAUAUUGCAGCUUGAUCAUCCCGAAUUCAUUGUUCCUGACAGACAGGGACUUGGUCUGCUAUUCACGAUUUUACGACUCGGCCUUCAGAGUGCUGGAUACCCGGCUAAUAUAUUCCCAGUUGAAUAUCUCUGCCGUAGAUGGACAAACCUAGAGGGUCAAAUGAGCUUGAUCAGUAACAUUCUCAAACAUCCAGAAAUCUUCAGUUUUGCUGAUCAUCCAUUUCACCCCGUAUCAAUUGAUCUAUUGAAAUCACCACCUGAAACUGAUAAUAAAGAGAUAUCUACGUGGCGAUGCUUAUACCUCGUGGAACUACUGUUGUAUGCUGCUGACCGUGGUUACUACAUGCAAGUUCACGAGUUGUUCAAGUUUCCUCUUCAGCAUUGUCCUGACAUCUUGCUGCUUGCUUUACUACAAAUCAGUCCACCUAUCACUGUAUUCAGGCAAGAGUUAUUGACAACGCUGAUCCCGAUUUUCUUGGGCAAUCAUCCGAAUUCGGGAAUAAUCUUACAUCAUGCGUGGCACACACAGAAUCCCAAUAUUAAACCGAUUAUAAUGCACGCCAUGGCUGAGUGGUACAUACGCGGCGAGAGCGACCAAUCCAAGCUGUCGCGCAUAUUGGAUGUUGCACAGGACCUCAAGGCCUUAUCACUUCUAUUGAACGUUCAAUCUUUUCCUUUCGUGAUUGACUUAGCCUGUCUAGCUUCGCGAAGAGAGUAUCUGAAGCUGGAUAAGUGGCUAACUGACAAAAUAAGAGACCACGGAGAAACUUUCGUCUCAGCUAUGGUAAAAUUCCUUCAAAGAAGAUGUCCAGUGCUGGGAAAAAUACCCGAAGAACAAUUACCGAAAGCUGCGCAGCUGCCACAUGAAACGGUCGCUACAAUGCUGGCCUGUUUGCAGUUGUGUAUACCAAACGUACAACAAGACCUACAAGAAGCAAUUUAUAAUGUAAUAGCUAACUGCCAGACGCUCAUUCUGAGUAAGACUAGACAGAGCAUCGCUGGAAUAGCACGGCCACACACAAGGGUAUUAGAAACUCCUUUUAAUCCGGCGGGUAUAAGCGGGCAGCUAUUUACUCCGCACGUCGACUCCAUGACCAACUUGACUCCAAAUGUAGCUAAUAUGAACUUGGGGGCUCCGGCAAAUACCACAUUUGCUAUGCCCGGAACUCUGGGACCUCUAGUAACUACACCAGGUUCUCCUUCUCGUUUGAUGGGUGCGGGUCCCAAUAGUCCAUUUACAAUGAUGCCCUUGCAACAUAAUGCAAACGUCGCCAACAUGGGCGCCCUUGCAAGAAUGGCACCUGCGCCAGUAAUGGACAAACCACGUAUACCAGAUCCAAUUCAUUUCCCCGAAAUUAUGCACAACGUGUCUAAAGAAAUAGAGGAUGAAGCUAAUGGCUAUUUUCAGAGAAUUUAUAACCAUCCACCGCAUCCUACUCUGUCGAUAGACGAAGUGCUCGAGAUGUUGAAGAAAUUCCAAGAUUCUCCAAACAAACGAGAACGGGAAGUGUUCUCUUGUAUGCUGCGAAAUCUCUUCGAAGAAUACAAGUUCUUCCCUCAAUACCCUGACAAAGAGUUGCACAUAACAGCACAACUUUUUGGAGGUAUCAUAGAAAAAGGACUGGUUCCAAGCUACGUAUCGCUAGGUUUGGCGUUACGAUUUGUGCUUGACGCGCUGCGCAAGCCAGAAGGAUCUAAAAUGUAUUAUUUUGGUAUAGCUGCUCUCGAUCGCUUCAAAUCACGACUAAAAGAUUAUCAUAAAUACUGCGAACAUGUAAGAGCUAUACCACAUUUCAGCGAAUUUCCUCCUCAUCUAAUCGAAUACGUGGAGUACGGCUUACAGAGUCAAGAGCCGCCUACGAAGCCGCAAGGAGCGGUACUACCGGCUAGCCUGGCUGCCAUGUUAACUCAAAGCGCAGUCGUAACUGUCUCUGCACCUUACAGGGCUGUCGUAUGUGCGCCCACAUCAAUAUCAGUAAUGUCAAAAGUUACAAAUGCCGCUGGAGGCAUGAGCAGCCGACCCUCCAUUGCCAAUGCUACCAAUAUUGAUACUCUGCUAACGGCGACUGACAGAGAGGAAAAGAUAAAUUCUCCUCCAGAAGCCAUUCAGGAUAAAACUGCAUUUAUUUUUAACAACCUCAGUCAGUUAAAUCUGCAAACAAAAUGCGAAGAACUCAAAGAAAUAAUCACUGACGAAUACUUCCCAUGGCUAUCUCAGUACCUUGUCAUGAAGAGAGCUUCGAUUGAACUUAAUUUCCACGCUCUGUAUUCCAAUUUCCUUGAUGUUCUGAAGAUCCGCGAAAUUAAUAAAAUGGUCACAAAAGAAACUUAUCGCAACAUCAAAGUUCUAUUACGUUCGGACAAAGGAAUUGCAAACUUCUCUGACCGCUCCCUACUAAAGAACCUGGGCCACUGGCUUGGAAUGCUGACGCUGGCGCGCAACCAGCCCAUACUUCAUGUGGACAUCGAUCUCAAAGCAUUGGUGUUAGAAGCAUACCACAAAGGGCAACAAGAGCUUCUCUACGUGGUUCCUUUUGUAGCCAAAGUAUUGGAAUCCUGCGCUAAGAGCGUCGUCUUCAAGCCGCCAAAUCCUUGGACAAUGGCACUAAUGAAUGUUCUUGCGGAGUUACAUCAAGAACCAGAUCUGAAGCUGAACUUGAAGUUUGAAAUAGAAGUGCUCUGUAAGAAUCUGAGCUUAGACAUAUCGGACCUGAAGCCUGCUAUUUACUUAAAAGAUCCUGAAAAGCUGCGACUAAUCGAGUUUCAGCUUUCACAACCGAAACAGAAUAAAGAGGCAGCACCAGCCAUGCCAGUAAAUCAGACUAUCGUGCAGGCGCCGCAGAUGCAGAUGAUGGCUCCGCCGCCACCCAUGAUCCCCGCGGACGACCUCGCCGCCACUGCUCCCACGCCUACGAGUGGGCUUGUAGCCAACGACCCGAGCUUGAUGGGAGUUAUUGGACUACCUGAACCCAGAUUUAAUUACUUAGAUGUGAAUGUGUCCUCCACAUCGGCCUUUGGCCAAAAGAUAUGUUUCAAUCCCCACAUUAUUCUAUUCCAAAACUAUCCUCAUUUGAAACAAUUUGUGAAACCUGCCAUUGAACGAUCAAUUCAGGAAUGGAUUCACCCCGUUGUCGACAGGUCAAUCAAAUACGCUUUGACGACCUGUGAACAGAUCAUAAGGAAAGACUUCGCCUUUGACCCCGACGAAGUAAGAAUGCGCACCUGCGCUCACCACAUGAUGCGGAACCUUACCGCCGGCAUGGCCAUGAUUACUUGCCGCGAGCAAAUCAUUAGCACGAUCAGUACCAAUUUGAAAGCUGCAUUUGUCACCGCUCUGAUGCCUUCCACCCCACAACAGAAAGAGAUAAUUGAAAGCGCUGCUGCAGUUCUUGCCACAGAAAACAUGGAGCUGGCGUGUGCUUUCAUUCAAAAGACAGCUGUAGAAAAGGCAUUACCAGAACUGGAUAAGAGAUUGAUGAAUGACUACGAAAUGCGAAAACUCGCACGCCAGGAAGGCAGACGAUAUUACGACCCGAUCGUUUUGACUUACCAAACCGAGAGGAUUCCCGAAAGAGUACGCCUUCGCGUGGGAGGACCCACUGAUCAACAGAUCGCUGUUUAUGAAGAGUUUGCGUGCAACAUUCCUGGAUUCAUGCCCGUGCGAGAUGCUGGCAUGUUUAUUCCUAAACCAUCGGCUCAGGAACAAAUCCCUCAGCUGACAUUUAGUCAGGUGAUCAACCCGACCCAAGUUUACGGCACUGACGAGAUGAGCGCAUUAAUUUCUGCCGCCGAAUUGUUCCUGGCUAAUGCAUUGGCUGUGGCUUCCAUGGCAGUGCAGGCCGCGAAUAUGCACACCCUCCUUGAGUGUCUUAUCAUGGCAAGGAGGAACCGUGACAUUGUUUCGGGGUGCACCCUGUUGCAGAAGGCCGUGGAAGGUCUUCUCGACGGCCACAUCGUUCAACCAGGCGCUAGCAGCGACCAUGUUGAGAUGAUGACUAGAUAUCGAGAUAUCCACCUUCGAGUUCUUAAGCUACUGGAAGACGCCCGAGUCUACGGCCACGUAUGGACUGCCAAACAGAUCACCUGCUGCCUUACAGAGUGCAGAGAGGAGCUCAGAUAUAACUUGGAAGCCAUUGACUGCCUUAUAAGGAACCACUUGGUGAAUCUGCCUCAGUAUGAUAUCGCCCUCGCCCACACAAUGGACAGCGGUAACAACUACAUGGCUGUGGCAUUUGCCAUGCAGUUGGUCCAGCUGUACCUAGUCGAUGAUAGGAAUAACAUGUAUGCCAAUGAAUCCGACCUUUACCACACUACGGAAAUGCUGGUCCGUAUCAUGUCCCACUCACGUCAGCCUCCACCUGAAGGUCUGGGCACCUUGAUUGAGAUGCUCCGUGUGAACCAGGACCCUAGCGCGUACCUCGGUGAGAGGUCGCCCCUAGGACCCACUGCUCACAUUCACUCUGGAAUCCUACAAGUGCGGGCUCGCGAUUACGACGAUCCUCCUGGUCUACAAGAAAAGACCGAGAAUCUCCUUCGCGAAUGGAGAAACGUUCUCCUCAGUCCCCUUACUGAGAUUGAAAUCGCUCAAAACUUCAACCUUUAUGUUCACCGCAUGAACAUGAAUGGAAUACUGAAAUCUGAUGAGAUGAUCACUAGAUUCUUCCGUAUUGCGACACAAAUGUGCAUUGAGAAUGUAUAUCAGCAGCUGAAUGAGGACAGGAUGACUCCUCCUGCGAGCCCGCCUAAGCGCGAGAAAUAUUACGCUAUGUGCGACUCCUUCAUCAAACUGGUUUCCUUGCUGAUCAAGAACACGGCUGAUGGAGGUAACCCCACGCCUAAGCUGAACCUGCUAAACAAGAUCCUCGGUAUAAUCGCUGGCUGCUUGCUUCAAGACCACGAGGAGCACGGCACUAACUUCCAGCAGCUGCCGUACCACCGGCUGCUACUCAUUCUCUUCCUGGAUAUGAACAUGGCAGAGCCUGUUUUGGAAACCAUGAACUACCAGGUCCUGACAGCAUUCUGCCAUACACUACGAAUCAUACGUCCGAGCAUCGCACCCGGCUUCUGUUACGCCUGGCUCGAGCUGGUCGCACAUCGCGCCUUCAUCAACCGCGUCCUUGCUGUUACGCCACAACAAAAGUUAUAUUUUCAGGGCUGGGGGAUGUACUCGACUCUGCUGAUUGAUCUAUUUAAAUUCCUCGAUCCGUUCUUACGGAAUACCGAACUCGCUGCGCCGGUCAUGAUGUUGUACAAAGGAACCUUAAAGGUUCUCUUGGUACUGCUCCAUGACUUCCCGGAAUUCUUGUGCGACUAUCACUACGGAUUCUGCGACGAGAUCCCGCCAAAUUGCAUCCAGAUGAGAAACCUGAUUCUGUCAGCGUUCCCCCGGAACAUGCGGCUGCCGGAUCCGUUCACGCCGAACUUGAAGGUCGACCUACUUGCUGAGAUCGCUCUACCACCGCGAGCCGUCAUUAACUAUGCAACUAUCAUUCCCUCUUCCCAAUUCAAGAAGGAUUUAGAUGCAUACUUAAAAGCUCGUGCUCCUGUCACCUUCUUGUCGGAACUACGAGGAAACAUGCAGGUUGUGAAUGAACCCGGCCGCCGGUACAAUAGUCAGCUGAUGAACGCCGUGGUCCUCUACGUCGGCACGCAGGCGAUUGCUCACAUUCGCGCCAAGGGACAGACUCCUAAUAUGUCUACCAUCGCCCACUCCGCACACAUGGACAUUUUCCAGAACUUCACGGUUGAUUUCGACUACGAAGGACGAUACUUGUUCCUGAACGCGAUUGCGAACCAGCUGCGCUACCCUAACAGCCACACGCACUACUUCAGCUGCUGCCUCUUGUAUCUGUUCGCUGAGGCCAACUCAGAGGCGGUGCAAGAGCAGAUCACUAGAAUGCUCUUAGAGAGGCUGAUCGUCAAUCGCCCGCACCCGUGGGGACUCCUCAUCACUUUCAUUGAACUCAUCAAGAAUCCUAUCUACAAGUUCUGGUCGCAUGAAUUUGUCCAUUGCGCUCCGGAGAUUGAGAAGCUGUUCGCGUCAGUGGCGCGAUCCUGCAUUGUUGACAAGACAGGUGCUGGAGGGGGAGAAAGGGAGAUAGCCGAGUAGCGCCGCGCCAAUUGGGAGUCUGUUCGGCACAAGCACAUAUUCAAAAGCUUUGUCGAGAAAGGCUUCCAACACCAGGCGCGCUACGGUGAAGCGUCGCAGACACAGCCUUCAAUGUCGCAACCCCCCAAGCACGCUAUGCAGUGGAACAAACUCUUCAAGAAGUAAACCCGCCCUACACUGAGCAUAUUUUACGCAAACGCAUACACGCGGUCGGACAGUUCGAUACCAAUUAUAUUACAUAGUGAUUAGACUUAAAUUUCACGUUUACUAUACUACGUGCUCAAGGAACAGUGUUACAACAUGGUGGAACAUUUUAAUCCUGAUCUUAGAUCAGCUGACCAGUGUUGUUGAUACACAUUCUUUGAGUGACUUAAGUGCUCUUUUUUUUUUUUGUUUUCAUUUAAAUAUCAUAUACAGAAGAAUUACUCAUGACCAUUAAUUAUAUAAUGUACUUUAAAAUCGGACAUAUUGUGCUACAGUUAUACGUUAUGACAGUUUUUGUAUGUUUAUAAAAUCAACUCGAUGAUUAGUUCUAUUCUGUUUACAUUUUUAAUAGUCAAUUCUUGAGCCUCGGCUUUUACAAAAUUAUCAAAAGAUAAGACGGAACGGCAGCGGACGAACCUGUUAUUGAUUUAUAUUCCUAUUGAACAUUAUUUAUUAAAAUUAUGAUUGUCUUUAUCGUGGUAAUAUCCAGUGGUGGAUGUCCUAUUUAGUUAGUACCUAUAAAGGAUGUUUAUAUCACGCUAGCUCAAAUCUCUUGUUCUUGUCACGUGUUGAAAUAGCUGCAUUACAAUUGGCACGUGACCAGAACGAGAGUUGUGACGCCGGAUUAAAGUUAAGGCGACUUGUACAGUGAUACGAAAUAACACUUCGUCAAAUUAAGAAUACAAAAUCGACUGAUUAAAGUAACCGCAAAUGUUGCGUAUGCGUCGGGUUAAUAGAAUGUAGAAGCGACACCUUCGCUACUUAUAAUGAAAAGUUCUCUUAGUGUUAAAUACCGUUCAAACGGAUCGAUGAGUUUCAAUCAGUUACUUACGACGACUUAAUAAUAAUAAUUGUAAUAUUAUUAGUACCUAAUUAAUUAAUAAUUAAAGUAAUAAUUUGAUAAUAAGUUUUGAAAUGCAAUGCAUCUAUUGCUCUGUAAAGUUUUCUAGAUGUGUUUUUUCGAAUGUAAUUUAGUGUUAAUGUUUAUGCUACAAAUUUGUCAUUAAGCCAUGUAAUCCCAUUUUCUAAACAAUGUGUUGUAAUAAAAUAUUUUUCCAAUAAUCAGUU